GAGAGCAGAGCCGACAAUCUUGUCUGCCAACGAGUAAACAAACAGCCGUAAGCUGAUGAGUCAUGAUGUUUGUGCACAGCUACAGUGGGAAGAAAUGGUUAUCUCGGAGAAACGAAAUUUAGAGGAAAAGAAAUCAUGCGACAUCUAUAAUAUGCCAUUACUUCAAUCUUACGAACGGGGUGGUAAAUGUCGGGUAGGUGAACAGUCAGGUGUGAUCGUACCCAGCUGACACACACACACAAACAUACACGCCCUCGCGUGCAUGCAACUUGUACUUCUGAUGUGAUAGUGUCUUUUGUAUUCUGGUUACCCUGUUGAAAGAACUGUUUUGUAAUUUUUUACUAGCUCGCUCUCUGGCAAACUGGCACUGCUUUUGCCCUUAUUAAUAAACUUUCAAACUACUUCUUUGAUAAUGUCAGACAGAAGCUGCUUUUUUUCAGAUUAAAUUCUCGAAGACAUCUUCUAAGAUGUCAGAUACUUAGCACUUCUUUUUAUAACAGGCAAGUACAGUAGAGUUCUUUCGUGCAAUUGAUAACUGUUUUCUGACUUACAUUAAACGCACUUCAUUAACAUUCAAGCACUUCGCUGCAACACUCAUACAUGUUCAUUCACAAAAUAACUAAAAUAUAUCUCUAUAUAUAAUAACCUAUGAAACAUAAGAAUGUAAUUUAAAGGAAAGAUGCAAUAAAACAGUACAUAUAUACAGUAAUCGUUUACAUCUAGGUCAGAACUUGUACUUUUAUAACUUUCUUCGAUGUCGCUUGCCUCACACAAUGUUCACUGUUCACAGUUCACAAUUCACAGUUGUUUUCUCACGCCAUCAAUACCAUGUGUAACCUCGCGCUGGGGUAAACUUCCAAUACACUAGACAUACACUGAGUCCAGCAAACAACAACUGUCUGAAGUCUCCUCGAGACGGACUUCCAGUCGCCAUCACGCAGAUUAGGAAGGAAAGUGGCGAGUUUCUCUUUGUCGGAGGCUGUUGCCUCUUCCUACACGUGGGGUGUCCCUGGUCACCAUUUGAUGUUGGGUUGAUUCUUCGGAAGGUGAUAAAUUCUCUCAUGAGGCCCAUUUGCAUUUUCCUGCGUCUCAGUGGGCAAGUGAUACUGUUGGUGGUACCAAGAAAGUGAUAAUGUUUGUGGUCUUAGUUUCAUUUUCAUCAGCGUCUUGGUGGGAGUGGUGGUCUUAUCAACUGAACCAAAAGUAGAAAAGACGUUUUCUACAUUGUGAUAUCCGAUCAUCGACACUCGUCAAAGUUCGGUUUUUUCUAUUUGUUUACAGGAAAUAAAUAAAAUAUGGCACUGAAAAGUACCCAGUAGACCACAAUAAUUUGCAGGAUAAUUUAUUCUCUCUUUCUUUCUUUCAGGUUUGAGCACUGAGGCGAAAAAAAAAAACACCAAACGAAGCAAAUAAAGGAAAAAAACUAAAAAGGAAACAACGGUCAAAAUAUUAGUGCUCUCGUUCCCUCUCUUCACGACUACUAUCAAUCAAUAAAUCGAUUGUGCAGUUCAAGCAGCUAGCGCAAGGUGGAAGUAGUGGGGGUGUACAAAGACGGGUAUACACAGGGUGCGGCAUGAGAUCAUAGUGACCUGUGCCAAGGCAGCUCACUCCGUCACACAGUAGCUGACAAGUGAAUGGCGAGGACCCUUCACGGUUUUCGUCAGUCGAUGUCGCUUUAACUCUGGUAGAAAUGAGGGCGGAGGUGACACGAGUUUUCGUUUGUACAGCCUGUCUUAUGACGGAAACAUUCAUGGAGCUGUGAGUUCAAAACGCCUCGAGUUUUGAACAGUUAAUAAACAGUUUACACGGUACAGGCGACCUUGGGAAUGUGACGAAAAGAUUUCACUAUGGCGAUGUACAGGAUGACCAUGCGUGAGGUUAAAAGGGUUUGUGGUGGAGUCGUCUUUGAUGCCCUGCUUCUGUCCCUCAUCAUAAGCCAGUGUUUUGUCACAUCAGAGGCUAUUGGUGUUGACUUCAAGCGAUCUUCGCAGGAUCUACCACCGAAAUGCUGGGAACAAUUUGAGAGAGUUGCAACAGAAUGUCCCUCUCAAGAUUUACCUAAAGACAAACUGUACUGGAGCAAGUUAUCCGCUGUCUGCUGCGGGAGUUACCCAAGAACAACCCUGCAUUGCCAGCAAAGUUAUACAGACACGGGUGGCCUGGCCAUCUUUCCCGCCUGCCUGACCAAAACAACAGUACCGAUGGGGCAUUACGGGGUGCUCAGAGAAAACGCCAGUGGGUACCCUGAAUUUACAACUCAGCCGUGCGGUAGCGACAGUUACGAGGACGUUGACAGACCGUCAGACAGGCUUUACCACCCGUACUGCACCAAGCAACAAAACAAACUGCGGUGGAGAGGGACAGCAACUCUUCUGUAGAGGAGGACCGAGCGAAGACAAUCGGUGCGUCUGUGGGGAAGGGUUCAGAACUGCGCCUGACAGCGACACCUGUCGUCGAGGCCACUUCCACAACGGGGGAUGCACGUGCGUGCGGGAGGAAUGCCCUCAGGGAAGGACCAGAAAUAUCUCUGACCCGAACUCUGACCUCAGCUGCGACGACCUGGCGACGGAACCGGAUUAUUCCUGUUACGAUAGGGUGAGGCGAGAGCCCGCCAGCGCAACGACCGUACAGAAGACGACUACACGUCCCAGUGUCAUCACCAGUCGUCCCCCGUCACCGGCUCCUGGUGAUGGUGGAAAUGGCGAAAGCGAUGACACUGAAAAGACACCCGGUGAAGGUUUCUUUGACUGGCGCCUCUUCGUGGGUUUGACUGUUAUUUUGGAUUGCCCUGGUAGCAGUUGUCGUUGUUGUUGUGUGGUGCACGUGCAAGCGACGGAUCUGUCGUGUGCUUGAGUCGCUGAGAGUCAAGAUUAGGCGCGAAACGACACCAGCGCCGCCACCCACAGGGGCAGCUGAGUCGCUUCUCUGACACAUGAAUAUAAGAAAGAUCCAGAAAGUCUUUUUUUUUUAAACCUGUGAACACAUCUUCGUCGAACCUACAGAACCAGGGAGCUCUUGACAUCUGGACACUGUCCAGAAGACAGUUCCCUUAUUUUCCUGUUCAGCUGCUUCGGAAGAUAACAGCAACUACACUCCAGGAAAGUUUGUGUUGAAAAACUUUUAUCUAUAGCAGGAAUUUGGCGAUGGUGCGACUUACACGAGGUACUCCUUUUCUUUCUAAAUCAAAUGGUAUUUGUUUUAGCUACCUGUGUGUUGUAGUUCGCACAUGAAUAGCCUUGAUGUAAGUUUGCUUUUCUUUUUUGUUUUUUUAUGAUUGUCAAUUGCCCAUAACUUUUCUUUUUUCUUUGUUCAUAUUUUUUAUUGUUGACAUCUUUGAACGCUGCACCUUUGUAGCGAAAUUUAAUUUCUAACUUUUACUUUUGUGACUAGAGCACCUUCCAUGUUCAAAUUUUCCCAUUGGGUCGGAUGCUGUUAACGGCUUUCUUUUUUGUGCUUGUGAACUAUCAGUGGGCACACAUGCGUGUACACUCAAAUGGGAAUAGGAGAGAAAAGAAUGUACCCUUGUGUGUGUAUGUUUUUGUGUUAUUUCUACGAAUAUAUGUGGGCAUGUUUGCGAUUUGGAAAAGAACAGUAGAGGGGUGGGGUGGGGAGGCUGCCCAAAACCGGGUCCCCUGGCGAGGAGUUGUUGCGGUCUUAUGCUCUCGAGGAAAAACAUAUAAACUAACAUGUUUGCGAUGUAUGCAGUGCACGGCUAAUGUUAGUAAUAAAUGUGUGAUUGUAAAUAGGAAAUGAAAUAUAUAUGUAAGAGAGAGAGAGAGUAGUUCGUCAUUUCACCAUAUGAGAUUCUGAACAUUGACAUGCAAAUCUGUUUGUAUGAGAUAAGUAUGCUACUGGCAUGAUCAACCAGAAAAAAUCGAUUUGUAUUGUAUAUAUGUAUAUGUAUGCUUUUGUUAAUACUUGUAUAUAAAUUCUGACAUGGUCAUUUUGAGUCUCCUUUUCUUUCUUUUUUUUUUUUUUUUUUUUUUUAUUUUUGGUAGGCUGAGGACCAUCUUUAUAAGAACCUUCGCCGCAUGAAUGUUUUCAGUUCAGAAGCCAUCCAUGUGAAAUGAUACUGUGUUAUUAUUGUGUAAUUUCCUGUGCUGCAAAUGACAAAGACUAAUAAUUGUGUACAAACGAUUGGAUCAAUGUAUUUAAAGCUCGUGCUGUUGAAAUGUUUUCUACUGUUUGCUGAUACUGGUGGUUAUGUUACGAACGUACAAGAAAACAAACUGCAUUGCUACACUGUGUAAUGAAUCAAUAAAACUUUUUUACAUUUUUAUCAUUGUUAUUAUAGUGCUGGUAUGGAUCGGGUCUGGGCUGCAACGCAUCGAAAGUACCAAGCACACAUUCUUGCGUUUAUCAAACUCUUGGUGAAUAAACACAUUUUCUUUCAGAAUGUCUCUUU